AUGGAUUCGCAAGUGAAAGACCAGGCCGGUGCGUGAGUUAAAUUUGUGGGGGCAGUGUGAACACACACACACACACACACACCUCACUAUACCCACCAAUUUUGACACAACAUGCCACACUGUCCUCGCACUUUCAGGCACCGCAUUGGCCUAUUUGACCACAUGCGCAUCCACGAGAGCGGAAUUGACCACAAUUCCGACACACCCACAACAUGCAACAUAUCCACCAUGCUCAGCCACACCGUCGUCCCAUCGCCCGCGCCCAUCACCACCACCACCACCUCCUCCUCUGCAACUGACACCGACACCAUCGACCUCUCAUGCCCAGACUAUCCAAGCACGUUCACCUCACGCAUCGGCCUGCUCGGUCACUUGCGAAUCCAUCGCACAGAGACUGGCGAACCAGUGCUUGGAGCACCAACCUAUACCCACCAAGCUCGACGCAACUGCCCACACUGUUCUCGCACUUUCAGGCACCGCAUUGGCCUAUUCGGCCACAUGCGCAUCCACGACGACUUGCGGUAG